GUACUAGGAAUGACUGGGGACUAGGAGAUAUUUUUUUGAGCUGAGCUCUACCGGGGCAGGGUGAUGCCGCUUCUCCUUGUGGCGAUCAAAAAUUCUGUGGAAGCCGUUGUGAAAACGAUUUCACGUACAUGAUCACUUUUCAUCAGAUAAUUCGGUAGUGCUUUGUUCUGCUCUGCGGUGCAAUUUUCUCAGAAAUUGUUCAUCUACGUACGAGUACCAUCCUCGUCUCUUAAGGUCUGUUUCGAGUACCUAGACGACAGCGACAGGUCUUAUCAGCAUAAUAUGAGUUCUGAGUUAUAUAAAAGCCGGAGAAAAGACUCAAGUGGAUCAGUGCGUUUCGAAAAUCUUCGCCAGCAAUGUCACGAAUCGAAGCUCUAGUUCCGAUAUUUAUCCUGGCAUUGGCCGCAGCAGGAGUUCUUGGAAAGAACUGUGGCAACUCCCGGAACAAAGAAUGUGUGCCGCGAAUUUUGUGCGACAACGGAUCAGUCAUCAGGGAUGGACGUGCACUGUUCUCAUAUCGUUCGUUGCUGGCAGGCAAUGAGGGCUGCGAUACCACCGAGGUCUGCUGCUCCAUCACAGAUAAGGUUUCUACCCCCAUUCUCGACUUAGAGGUGUCCGCUCCAACCGAAUGUGGACACCGAAACGAAAAUGGACUGCACUACACUAUGACCGAGGCAGCAGAUGUGGCCCAGAUGGGUGAAUUUCCCUGGGUGGUGGCUCUGCUACUCAAGUCGGAUGAAUCAUAUAUGGGUGCUGGAACAUUGAUUGGAUCAGACGUAGUCCUUACGGCCGCCCAUGUCGUGGCGAAUCUCCAACCAGGACAGCUUCUCGUCAGGGCUGGUGAAUGGGACUUUAAAAUUGAGACUGAAUUGCAGCGGCAUGUGAAUGUCGAUGUUAGGCUCAUCGAAAGCCAUCCGGACUUCAAAGCAUCGACUGGAGAGAGCAAUCUGGCACUGCUCUUCCUGAGUAAGAAACUAAGGACACAGAUCCACAUCUGUCCCGCGUGUCUGCCAAGAGCGGACAGGAGUUUCGACCACAGCAGAUGCUUUGUCAGCGGCUGGGGCAAGAAGACCUUUGAAUCCGACUCCUACAUGAAUAUAUUGAAGAAAGUUGAGGUGCCCGUGGUGGGUCGUGAACUGUGCCAACAACAACUGAGACGAUCCGUCCUGGGACCCUACUUUACGAUCGACUCCAGCUUAAUUUGCGCAGGCGGCGAACGGGGCAAGGACGCGUGUAAGGGCGAUGGCGGAGCCGCAUUGGUCUGUCCUCUGGCCAACGAUAAAAACCGCUAUGAACAGGCUGGCAUCGUCAAUUGGGGCGUUGGCUGUGGAGUGGAGAACAUUCCGGCUGUCUAUACAAAUGUCGCCCUCUUCCGUGAAUGGAUUGAUAUGAAAAUUGCGGAAAAAUCGAUUUCCAGCGGUAAUUUUGGUACCGCUUCUACGGUUUCACUCGGCACCGGUUCUGAAGGUAAAGCCGUAGUAUUUGAACGUACUGGAGGAUCUAUUUCUAGUUCGGCCACAGCUGGUCGUGUUGAAUCAACAGGUAGCGGCGUUAUCUGCGGAACCGGCGGUAUCGGUGGAAUCGGCAGUAUCGGCGGUAGAGUCGAUAGAGGCGGAUCUAUCUCUAGUUCGGCCACAGCUGGUCGUGUUGAAUCAACAGGUAGCGGCGUUAUCGGCGGUAUCGGUGGAAUCGGCAGUAUCGGCGGUAGAGGCGGAUCUAUCUCUAGUUCGGCCACAACUAGUCGUGUUGAAUCAAAAGGUAGUGGCGGUAGCGGCGGUAGAGGAUCAAGCGGGACUUUAGAAGGUGGUCGGGUAUCCAAAAGUAGUACAUUUGUGACCGUUUCUGACGUCUGGUCAUCUUUUGGCUCUUCUUCAAACUGUGAUAUGAAUAACCUAUCGAAUAACUCUAAAGAGCCAGCAAUGAUUCCCAUCUAAAACGGUCUGUACACUUAAUGAUGCAUUGUUAACUAUAUAGUGGGAGGUUUGUGAAUAAAAACAUUUUUUCCCUCA